AUGCCACCGUUUAAGCGUCGGCGAGCUACUUCCGGUGCAGGUUCUGACCAUCAGUCAUCACCACCAGUGCAAUAUGAGGUCAACAUCUUCGAAGCGGGAGAGGACGAGGAUGAUAUUCAAGAACGCGAAGAUUGCGAUUCGAUGAAUGAAGUUGUCAUGGCUGUCGAAUUGAAAGGGCGUGGUACAAUAGGGUGCGCAUAUUAUCUCGCGAGAGAAGAAAAAUUAUGCAUGAUGGCAGAUAUCAGUAUGGCUGGACUUGAGAUAAUCGACACUCUAAAAUUUCACGUGGAUCCUACUGUAAUCCUAAUAAGCACCCGUUGCGAGGAGGCACUUGAAGAUCAUCUUCAAAAAGAUGCCAAGGGUAUCGACCGAGGAGAUGCCAACGAUAUAUUCGGCUCAUAUAUUCUUGAUUCCCGACCGGCCUCGGAAUUUUAUUAUGAGACCGCAAAGAGCAAAUUGGCUAGCUUGAGCAUUGAAGGCCCAAGGGGCGCUGGAAUGGUACUUGCCACACCUGGUGAUGAACUAGCUGGAGAUCACGCUCAUGAUCAGGCAGCUUUAAGUGGUAAGGGUCGUCAAGGAAGACUCAUGAGACUUGCAGGCUGGAUUGAUUUGGAGAGCAGAAUCUCGGUUGGUUGUGCCGGUGCGGUGCUUAAUUACCUCGGACGACGACGAAGUGUGGAUUAUCUACCUAAUGACGAGGCCGCAUUGAUUGCAUUUAGGGUCCGCGCCAUCGAGAUGUCUUCGUUAACGGAUAUGAUGUUCGUAAAUGCAGACACGUUAUCAUCACUCCAGAUUAUCCAGUCCGAGUCUCAUCCGAACUCUCAUAUGCAAGGUCCAAAUAAGUCUACUUCAGGAUCAAAAGAGAGCCUAUCUGUCUUUGGUCUGUUCUAUCAUUUGGCUAGCACACCACAGGGUAGGCAGAAGCUUCGGAAGAUGUUCAUGAGACCAAGCAUAGAUAUCUUGGUAAUUAAGGAAAGACUCUUCACAAUAGGUGUUUUUUUAAUUCCAGAGAAUAGCCAUAUAUUACAGGAAGUUCAGAGGAGCUUGAAGAGUGUCAAGGAUAUCAGAACUGUGGUAAUACAUCUCCAGAAAGGUGUAAGCGGAGGCUCUACAAAGGCAACAGCAGUCAAGAGUGGCGUUUGGGGAAGCAUCCUCUCAUUUACCUACCAUUCGCUCAAGAUACUAGAAGCAUUGCGAGGGCUGACAGGCGAUAAGACUAUCAUUGCUGGCAAGCUUCUCGGUGAAACUCGCCCCAAUGACCUUCUUGGUAUUGGUCAAGCGAUUACUAAUACGAUAGACUUUGAGAGAUCGGCUGAACAACAUCGUGUCACUGUCAGACAAGGUGUGGACCAGGAGCUAGACGGGAUGAAAAGAACAUAUGAUGGAAUGGAAAGCCUUCUUACUGAAGUCCAACAGAAAAUGUCAGAUGAUAUACCUGAAUGGGCUCGCCAAUAUGUCGAAAACUGCAUAUAUUUUCCACAACUCGGUUUUCUGACGGUGGUACAACUUGAUCCUAAUACAGGCGAAGGAAAAUAUAAAGGUGAGGGAACCGACAAAGAUGAAUGGUCUCAAACGUUUGUCAGUGACGAGAAAGUAUAUUACAAGAACGGGCAUAUGAGACAAAUGGACGAGUAUAUUGGCGAUAUGUAUAGUAUGAUUACAGACAGAGAGAUCGAAAUCAUACAUCACCUCACUGUGCGUGUACUGGAACAGAAGAAUCUUCUUAUUGCAGUGUCAGAUCUAUGCGGAGAACUUGAUAGUCUCGUUGCACUGGCUCUUGGGGCUAUUAAAUAUCGUUUCAAUCCACCAACUAUCACUCAAGCCAAUGUAAUUGAUAUACGAGGCGGACGACAUCCUCUUCAAGAGCUUACAGUCCCAUCAUAUGUACCAAAUGAUUGUUACCUUGUGGGCGGAUCAGGACACUCCGUUUCAAUUGAUCAAGAACCUUCCUCGAGUGCUUUCCAGGACUCGGAAGGCAUCGAGGGCCCAAGUAUGCUCCUGAUGACUGGGCCAAACUAUUCUGGAAAGAGUGUUUAUCUCAAGCAAACGGCUCUGAUUGUUUAUUUAGCCCAUCUUGGCAGCUAUGUCCCGGCGGAUAAGGCAGUUGUGGGUCUUACGGAUAAGAUAUUAACUCGGAUAACUACUCGUGAAAGUGUUUCCCGAAACCAGAGCGCCUUCAUGAUUGACCUGCAGCAGAUAGCUCUCUGUACAACCCUUGCAACCCACCGUAGUCUUGUGGUUAUUGAUGAGUUUGGUAAAGGCACCAAUUCAACAGAUGGCGCUGGCCUAGCUUGUGGCGUGUUCGAAUAUUUUCUUGGGCUUGAAUCGCGUCGACCAAAAGUUCUCGGAGCAACCCAUUUUCACGAGAUAUUCGAGAACGGAUAUUUAUCCCCAAGACGGGAAUUGGCUUUUGGUCAUAUGGAUGUUCAUGUGAACAAACAAUCUGACCUAGCUGACAACCAAGUUACAUACCUAUACAAUUUUGUGCUAGGUAGAAGUACUUCCAGCUUUGGUACUUCUUGUGCUGCAAUGAAUGGAAUAGAUCCUGCUAUUGUCGAAAGAGCUGAGGAUUUAAUAUUGUUAGCAGCUCGGGGAGGGGACCUCAUGCAAGCUGUUGCGGCAAAUGUCUCAGAAAAGGAUGCUCAAGACUUGAAGGAGGCAGAAAAUAUUGGGAGACGCUUUCUUGAGCAAAACUUUCCUCUGUCAGGUGGUAAUAAUGUCGUCAUCGACGUCCGAAGUAUUCUCCGAAACAUUCUGGAUGUCGAGAUUGGCAAGACAUGA